CAGUCGGAGAAGCGAAUUCGAGCGGAGUCUUCCUCAUCGUCCGUUGUCGGAAAACGCAGACCGUCUAGAGAUUUUUCUGUCGAACCUUCACAAAACCCUCCGCCCCACACACCUAGCCACCCGUCCUCUUCACACGCCGAUUGUGACUGGCCCAUCUUUGUGGCGACUGAUCGAGACUACAACGAGGCCUUGGAAUCCAAUCGGUCCAUGUGUGAUCCAAGGGCGACAAUCCCUACUAUUUCGGCUGUGAUCGCCGUGAUCUGUGCGAUCGGGUUCUGCAGCGAGCCAGCGGAGGCGCUGACGGAGACGAUGAAACUCGGUGGCCUGCGCGGUGUUUCUCAGAACAAUGCCGAGAUUCAUCGUAUUGCGAGGUUUGCGGUUGAGAGGCACAAUGAAAAGCAGAACUCAGCUCUCGAGUUUGUGAGGGUAGUGAAUGCCAAAGAACAGGUUGUAGCCGGUAUAAUGUACCAUCUUAUCCUUGAGGUAACCGAUGGUGGUCGGAAGAAGAAAUAUUCGGCAAAAGUGUGGGAAAAGUUAUGGGAGAAUUUCAAGGAGCUCCAAGAGUUUAAGCCGGUUGAUGAUAACCCUUCAUAUGCCUCUCCCGGACUUGGUGUUGGUCACGUUCGUCGAUGGUUUCGCUUGGGUUUGAGUUUCUGGGGAUAA